AUGCUCCGAAGAGACUACGCCUACCUCCUCUUCUUCAUCAUUCACAUCCCAAUCAUCUUCCUCAUCGACACCGUCCCCCUCCAACCAACAUGGCUUCGAACAGACCUCUCCCGUAACCUGCGCGAUUUCUACAUAACCACCUACCAUGACAAAUUCUUCGAAGAACCCGCCCCAGUCUGGUUCACGACAUUUAUCUGGAUGGAAUUGCUAUACCAUGUUCCCCUGAGUGCAUGGGCCAUUGGCGGAUUACUCCGAGAUCACCCCCUUGUUCCGGUUCAUUUGCUGGUUUUUGGUGUUCAGGCUUUUGUCACUUCGUUGACUUGCUUGGUUGAUGUGUGGAGCUGGGAUGAUCGGUCUUUUGCUGAGAAGCAGCAGCUUACGUAUUUGUAUGCGCCGUAUGUGGCUUUGGGUGGUUUGAUGGCUAUGGAUAUGGUCUUUCGUUUACGAGGUCGCCUUAUGCCUGGCAAGUCCAAGCGCGCAUAG